AUGACCCAGCGCCAGCCCCAGUCACUCAGCAGUCAUACCCUAACUCCAGGGAGCUCCGACGCCUACAUCUACGCCGAAACCAAACCGCGCCAGCCUCGGACCGCGCCAGUUCAGCCAGGCCAGAGCCCAUGGGCAUGGACUGGAUUUGUUGCACGUUCCAGAGAAUGCCAAAUCAAUGACUGGCCGACCCAUAAACUUGAGUGCUCACCAAAAGACCGGUCCACUCGUGGUCACCAUGAAGAAACAGAAGCUGUGGGAACUGAAACGGUGAACUUACAAACCCUGACACUUGAUGAACAAACCUGCAAAGAUGAUGAACAAACCUUGAAGAAGUUGGGUAACGGUGAACUGCUAACAGAUUCAGCUUACGAGUCUCGUGCUGAACAACAGGAGAAGGUCCUGCAACCUGGUGGAAGAACAGAAUCAGGGAGUUCAACAUCUACAGUAGACAGCAUUAGAGACCCUGUGACAAUUACUAUUAAAAUGAGCAAACAAAAGCAUCGUGUCACUCUUGGCAGGCAGAGUACUGGGACAAGCUUAAUGGCUGACAUUUCGAGAGCAGCGUGUAUCCCACUCGAGCAGAUGAAGUUGAUCCACAAGGGAAAACUGAUGAACCCUGACAACAUACAUGAAUCCCUCACAGACAGAGCUGUCUUUCAAGCCAUUGGAGAAGUUGCAGAGAAUGAUGAAGGACUAAGCGGGAAGGACAUCACAUGCGUGAUGGACCAGAUGAAAGUGGAUCGUAACACAGCCAUCAAAGCUCUAAGAAACACCAAAAAUGCCAUUGAUGCUAUUUUGUAUCUUGGCAACAAAUAGUCUAUACGGUGAAUAUUUGCAUGAAUAAAUCAGUCAUGCAUUUAAACAAAAGAAGUUGAAUAUAGCCUUCAUUGCCUUGAAAAAAAUCACCUUGAUAUAUACUGUAUAUAUAUAUAGUUUUCAUAUCCAUAUGUUUAUUUUUAAAUAUGUUACCCUGCAUUAUGAAUUAUUCAUUAAUUGAUAUUCGUUAAAGGGCAAGUCCACCCUGAUUUAAGUUGUUUUUAAUAGAUGCCCCAAAAAUGAGAAGAACCGGUCAGUGAAAAUUUGAGCAAAUUCCAAUUAAAAUAAGAAAGUUAUGAAUAGAUCUAUUUGAAGCUGCAAUAAUUAUUUUCAAAAAUUUGGCAAC